AUUUGGUUGACAGCCCCUUGACAGUCCUCCUUGUCAUCUUGAAAGUUUCCCAACCGGCAACUGAUCUGUCUUCAAGUCUUCGAGUCAUUGCUCCGAGACAAGCCCAGUCCCGAGUACCGACGACAUGGGUCUAUCUGACAGGAACUAAAACCGGUUUGUUUAACUUUAUCGCCAACGUGCGAGAUAGAGCUGCCCCGUCGAAAUGCGAAGCAGAAGCAACUCGGGCGUGAAAUUGGACAACUAUGCACGCAUCGUGCACCAAACGAUACUUCGACACCAAGACCCGGUGACGGGCCUGCUGCCGGCCAGCGAGGAGCAGCCGGAUGCGUGGGUGCGGGACAACGUGUACAGCGUGCUGUCGGUGUGGGGGCUGAGCCUGGCCUACCGCAAGAACGCAGACCGCGACGAGGACAAGGCCAAGGCCUAUGAGCUGGAGCAGAGUGUGGUGAAGUUGAUGAGGGGGAUCCUGCAGUGCAUCAUGAGGCAGCUGGACAAGGUGGAGAAGUUCAAGCACACCAAGAGCCCUCUGGACUGUGUCCACGCCAAGUACAACACCAGGACCUGUGCCACUGUAGUCGGGGACACCGAGUGGGGACAUCUGCAGGUCGACGCCACCUCCCUCUUCCUCCUCAUCCUCGCUCAGAUGACCGCCUCGGGUCUCCAUGUGGUCUAUACCCAGGACGAGGUGGACGUGAUCCAGAACCUCAUGUUCUACAUCGAGGCCGCGUACAAAGUGGCUGAUUAUGGGAUGUGGGAAAGAGGGGACAAGACCAACCAGGGUAUCAUCGAACUGAACGCCAGCUCUAUAGGCAUGGCUAAGGCUGCGCUAGAGGCCCUGGACGAACUCAACCUGUUCGGAGCCAAAGGAGGACCUGGCUCUGUGGUGCACGCCCUGGCUGACGACAUCCAGCACUGUCAGUCGAUCCUGUCGUCCAUGUUGCCGCUGGCGUCCAUGUCCAAGGAGGUGGACGCCGGUACGCUGGCCAUCCUGACCUACCCCGCCUUCGCUGUGGAGGACAUGGCUCUUGUCAACCUCACCAAGGAGGAGAUCAUCUCCAAACUACAGGGUCGGUAUGGAUGCUGCAGGUUUCUCAGGGACGGCCACAAAACUCCCAAAGAGGACCCCAGCCGCCUGUACUACGAGUCAGCGGAGCUCAAGCUGUUUGAGAACAUCGAGUGUGAGUGGCCCCUGUUCUGGACCUACCUCAUCCUGGACGGGAUCUUCACCAACAGCCCUGAACAGGUACAGGAGUACCAGGAGGCGCUGGAGGGGAUCCUGAUCAAGCAGAAGGACGGGAUCCCCCUGGUUCCGGAACUCUACAGCGUUCCACACGACAAGGUGGAGGAGGAGUAUGGGAGUCCUCACAGCGUGGAGAGGAUACCCCUGGGGAAGCUUCCUCUGAAAUGGGCCCAGUCUCUCUACGUCCUGGGGAACCUGCUGGCUGAGGGUUUCCUGGCCCCUGGAGAGAUCGACCCUCUGAACAGACGCUUCUCCACCAUUCCCAAACCGGACGUGGUCGUCCAGGUGGCGGUCCUGGCGGAGAGCGAGGACAUCAAGGCCCUGCUGCUGAAGGAGGGCAUCGAGGUGGAGACCGUAGCGGACAUCCACCCCCUCCACGUCCAGCCCUCCAGGGUGCUCAGCCACAUCUACGCCCGCCUCGGUCGCAACAAGAGGCUGGGCCUGACGGGCCGACCGUACCGCCGCAUCGGGGUCCUGGGGACCUCCAAGUUCUACAUCAUCAGGAACACCAUGUUCUCCUUCACCCCCCAGUUCAUAGACCACCAGCAGUUCUACCUGGCCCUGGACAACCAGAUGAUCGUGGAGAUGCUGCGCACGGACCUCUCCUACCUCUCCUCCCGCUGGAGGAUGACCGGCAGACCCACCGUCACCUUCCCCAUCUCUCAGAGCAUGCUCACCGAGGACCACAAAGCUCUGGACCCGGCAGUGUUGGCCAUGCUGAGGAAACUCCAGGAUGGAUACUAUGGAGGAGCCAGGGUGCAGGCAGGCAAGCUCUCGGAUUUCCUGACCACUUCCUGUUUCGCCCACCUCAGCUUCCUGGAUGGUAAGGCUCCGGGAAACGGGCAGCGUUUCCCUGCCGACCAAGAGCAUGGUGGUGCUGAUGCUGGGGAGGAUGAUGACUUCAGAAGUUUGCAUGAGCUUCCUUAUGAUGACGACCCAGAGUCAGACGAGCUGUCCCAGUACCUGGACCAGCUCCUGGCCCACGCCGCGCCCCAGAAGCUCUCCCCAUCAGCCAAGGGGCUGGGCCGCUUCAAGGCCGCCGCCACCAAGACCAAGGACAUGGUGUCUCUGAUGAGCAAGGCCCAGGGCCUCAACAUACACAAUGCCAACAUGUAUGUUCCCAACAAGUUGUUUCAUUCUGCUCAGCCUUCACUGCACCUCAACCUCUCUGAAAACCAAGAGCCGCAGGGGCCCAAGGUGGUGGUGACGGGGGCGGAGGGCGGUCCGGUGGACCACGAGGCGAUGGUCCAGCUGCUGAAGGACACCCACAACCUGCAGGACCAGGGGGACAUCCUCUACAUCCUGUUCAAGGACAAGGGCCUGGACUGGGACACGGGGCUCCAGGGGAAGGGCUCCACGGUGCGCUGCCUGCUGGGGGAGCUGUACCAGCGGGCCGGGGGGCAGCACCUCUGGGGCCUGGUGCGCUUGAUCUCCGGGAUGCUGCGGCAGAAGGUGGAGGAGCUGGACUGGGCGUGCUCUGAUUUGCUGGCUCACCAGAAGCACCUGACGGUGGGCCUUCCCCCGGAGCCCAGAGAGAAGACCAUCACCGCCCCCAUCCCCCUCGAGCAGCUCAGCCUCCUCAUCGAGGAGGCCAGCGACCAUAACAUCACCGUGGCCGUGCUCACCCAGGAGAUCAUAGUGUUCCUAGCGAUGAGCAUCCGCACCCACCCGGACCUCUUCACGGAGAUGUUCCGUCUCCGCAUCGGCCUCAUCAUCCAGGUGAUGGCCACCGAGCUGGCCCAGUCGCUGAACUGUAACGAGGCGGAGGCUACAGAGAGUCUGAUGAGCCUGAGUCCCUCUGAGCUGAAGAACCUCCUCCACCACAUCCUGAGUGGGAAGGAGUUCGGAGUCCAGCGCAACAUGGGUGAGGUGGACACCGGAGUGAGUCCUGCCAUCUCCAUCCAUCUCCAUAGCAACACAGGGGCGACCAAAAGUGAACGAGCCGGCAUCAGCAAACUGAAGAGCGACAUGAAGAUGCUGGAACACAGACUGUCCCUGACAGACCCCAGUAAGAUCAACCACAGGUUCUCUUUAAGGGGGCCAAAUAAGAUGGACCACAGAUUGUCCCUGACGGAUGUUAUGAAGCUUGAGUACAAUUUGGAGUCACGCAAGAGUGCCCCCUCCCAGUCUCUGGGCGUUGAACAACCUGGGUGCCUCAGGAGGCCUUCCGCAGACAUGCUGGAUGUUCCUGAGAGUGUCCCGGUUGCUAGGGAUACCAGGCAUGGCCAAUGGCUGCGCAGGCGACGCCUCGACGGAGCGCUGAACCGCGUGCCCGUCGGCUUCUACAAGAAAGUCUGGAAGAUUCUGCAGAAGUGCCAUGGUCUGUCCAUAGAGGGAUACGUGCUUCCGUCCUCCACAACCAGAGAGAUGACGCCCGGGGAGAUCAAGUUCUCGGUGCACGUGGAGGCGCUGCUGAACCGCGUGCCGCAGCCCGAGUACCGCCAGCUGCUGGUGGAGGCCAUCCUGGUGCUCACCAUGCUGGCCGACGUGGACAUCCAGAGCAUCGGCUCCAUCGUGCACGUGGAGAAGAUCGUGCACCUCGCCAACGACAUGUUCUACAAGGAUCAGAUGGACCUGGGGGCUGAGGAGCAGAUGCUGGAGCGCGACCCGGCGAACGGCGUGUGCCGGCUGCUGUACGACAGCGCCCCCAGUGGCCGCUUCGGCACCAUGACCUACCUCACCAAGGCCGUGGCCACCUAUGUGCAGGACUUCCUGCCCGCCGGGGCCUGCGCCGUGCAGUGAGCACCGUGCGUGGGCGUGCACAGUGGAGCGUGGGCAGCGACGUGCACGUACGGUUAGACUUUGAAUCCGAAAGUAUUGGAUUUUCGUGAAUGGGGAUGCACAUGUGUGUGUGAAUACACAAGUACGCACAACUACAACUGCACACACACACACACACACACACACACACACACACACACACACACACACACACACACACACACACACACACACACACACACACACACACACACACACACACACACACACACACACACACACACACACACACACACACACACACAGAGAGAGAGGUGCAUACGAACACACACACAGAGAGAGAGGUGCAUACGAACACACACACACACAGAGAGAGAGAGGUGCAUACGAAAACACAUACACACACAGGUGAACACAAACACACAAAGCUAACAAACAGGAAAGUCCCUCCUGUCCAGUGCACUGUUAAACCAUCACCAGCCUUUGCCCCUAGAGGGCGCCAUGCUCAAGACAACUUUACACAGAGAUGGAUGCAAUCCUUGACGUGUUUGUUGUAGCUUCUUAAAGAAGGGAAUAUCAAGAGACAAAAAUGUAUACAAAUUAUGAUAGAAUAAUUUUAGGUUUGAAAAUACUGUUACAUAAUGGCUGAUUGACUGACUGAGAUUUUAAAUCCUAGUACUGUUUACUGUUAGGCGUCAUUAACCUCACUGUACAAGAGAUUUUACGUGAAAAAUCCUUAAGCUGUCCUUUAUUAAGUUAACUUUUCUGUUGAAUGUAUAAAAUAAUCGCAAAACUAUUGCUUGAUUCAUUGUUUUAAUGAAUCGAUUAUGUCUUUUUAGUCUGAGUUUCUUAUCGCUGUAAAAUUAUUGCAUGUUUCCGAGCCAUUGAUGGUAAAAGAGAUAUGUUAAUGGUGAACCAGAAUAGUGUAACUGUAUUUGGAAUAAGUCGAUUUAACUUAAAUGCUUAAAAUUGUGUUCCUUUUUAAAAGGAAUCGAGUUAAAUGUAGGCCUAAAUUGUUUGAACUUACCUUUUGUUUAGCUCAGUUAGUGAAAUGCAUGGAAAAUAUUCAUAGUCAUAGGGGCUAUCCUGCUGUUCAGAGGUCUCCUAAUUACAAAUAGUUAGGUUGACCGUUACGAGUAUUUUCAAAAUCUAUCCAAUUGUGACAUCACAAGAAAGAGUGUUGUUCGCAGAUCCUGUGAUUGACGUGUCAGCUCGAGCCUACUAGUUGAUACAGCAGAUGUCACACAGGGAUUGUUUUUUAAAAGGCUUGGUACGGCCCGUCAACACCUUGUGCUUAAAUAGUACAUUUUUUAAAUAUUUUAGAAAUACAUUUUAAUUAACCAGGUUUUUGCAAUUUGAUGAUACACCAUAUAAUGAAAAAUAACAAUGUUCAUGAAAUGAUCGUUGGAAUUACAUAUUGAAUGUAAAUUCAUGUUAUUCUAGGCACACAUCAUACUUUUGGUAAAUUGUAAGACUCAAACUAUUUAAAGUAAUAUAAACAACAUUGUGGUGUACGUUAUUUUCUUUUG